ACCUUCUUGAAUGUGAUUGUUGGACCAAUUCAAGGGAGUUUUAUUCCUGACAGGGUUACUACUACACACAACAUCAUAAUAGUUCAAGGCAAUACUAGUACUUUUUAUGUUUUUCAUAAAAAUUAAAGCGGAUCAAAGUUUUGGCCCCCGCCGUCUCCGAUUCGGUGGCGCCCAUUGUUUUCCACGCAGCGGAGCCACUCCAUUCAGUUCAUAAAUGGCAGAGUUCUCUUCCGCAUCAACUCUUCCAACUCCACCUGAAUCUCAAACUAGACUACACUUUGGGAAAUUGCAGCACGGGUGCGAACACUACAAGAGACGUUGCAAAAUUCGAGCUCCAUGCUGCAACCAGAUCUUCUCUUGCCGUCACUGCCACAACGACGCCAUGGGUUCACUUAGCGAUCCCAAGGAGCGCCAUGAACUUGUCAGGCGCGAUGUUAAGCAAGUUAUAUGUUCUAUCUGUGAUACUGAGCAAGAGGCUGCUAAGGUCUGUGCUAACUGUGGCGUCAACAUGGGAGAAUAUUAUUGUGAAAUUUGCAAAUUUUAUGAUGAUAAUACAGAGAAAGGACAGUUCCAUUGCGACGAAUGCGGGAUUUGUAGGGUUGGUGGUCGUGAUAAUUUCUUCCACUGUCCGACAUGUGGCUCUUGCUAUUCAGUGAACUUGCAAGGCAACCACCCGUGUGUGGAGAACUCAAUGAAGAAUUUCUGUCCUGUCUGUUAUGAGUAUCUGUUUGAUUCAAUAAAAGGUACCACAAUUAUGACUUGUGGACACACAAUGCAUAUGGAUUGCUUUUAUGAAAUGGCAGAGCAAAAUCAGUAUCGCUGUCCUAUAUGCUCAAAGACAGUUUUUGAUAUGUCUCGGAGCUGGGAACAUUUAGAUCAGGAGAUAAUUGAUGAUCAAAUUCUGGGUUUCUUUGCCAAUUUCCGUGGCAUCUUCAUCUUUGUACUGAUUGAAGCUGUUCCCAUGCCUGAGGAAUAUAAUUUUGAGGUUUCUAUUCUGUGCAAUGAUUGUAACAAUUCAGGCAGGGUUUCCUUUCACCUAUUUGGUCACAAAUGCAGAAACUGUGGUUCGUAUAACACCCGCAGAAUUUCAGCACCAGAAAGCUAGUAAUGAUGCUGGCAUAUUCUGUGGAUGAGGUCCAUUGUGGAUGGCUGUGAUAUACACCCUUUAUUUUUUUUUCUCUCAUUCCCUAAUUCUUUCGGUGAAGUGGAAAGAGAAAAUCAUUAUGUAAUUAAUAAUUUGGAUAAGAAAGAUGGGACACCCAAAUUAUAGUACUUUUCUAAACUGAUGACACUGGAAUUGCCAAAAAGAAAAGGUCAAGGACAGAUCAAUUUCUCUGAUGCUAGAUUAGGGGGGUUCACCUAGAUUUCUUAUAGAUGCCGCUAUGUAAUGAACUAAUGAAGUUAAAGGGAAAGAAAAGAAAUUGGAACAUGAUUAAGCAUUCUAAUUGACUUGUAAUUUAUAACACGAUUAUUACUACUAAAGAUGGAAAAGUGGGAAAUUGCUAUUUCAAUCGGACUAGUGAUUACGUGGGAAAUACGCAAGGCUUAUGUAUGUAUAUAUAAGUGCUAGAAAAGUGUAAAAUUGGGAUAAGACAUUUAUGAUACAAUGGACCAGAAAAAUUAAUCACUUUGUCAAUUUGGUAAUAUUAAAUCCUUGACUCCGAGUUGUCUCGGACCCCUUCCUAGGUGUUCUAUUUUGGGAGGUGUCCCCUCCUCGGUGUUAUUGUGGCCAUUUUUUCAUUGUUACAAGUGGGUCUGUGAAUCUUAUCAGAUUCAUAGAUUGUACGUAGUAGAAGGCUAGAAGCAUGUCUUGUUCGAUUACCACAAGAAGGGGCUAUGUCAUGUUCUAUUCCUACUG